AUGGCUUCAAUAACGGAAGCCUCCCUCCGCGAGGCAAUCACCCAGCGCCUCGGCGCAAUCCACGUCCAAGUCACAGACAUGUCCGGAGGCUGCGGCCAAGCCUUCACAGCCCUCAUCGUAUCCCCCCAGUUCCAAGACCUCAAGGCCCUCAAGCGGCACCGCCUCGUCAACACGGCCCUCAAGGACGAAAUCGCCGCCAUCCACGCCUGGACCGCAAAAUGCCAGACGCCGCAGGAGUGGGAGGCCGAAGGCGGCGGCAGCACGCCGGCGGGCGGCGCCGAUGCCGUCGGCCCGUCGAUGGAGGGCACCGUGGAGGGGCACGUUGAGGGGACGAGGGGGUAA